AUGGCACACGUCAAAGUCGUCGACGUCAGAUUCGAACAUUACAGGCCUGGAAAUGCUCUUGGAAUCGAUGAGACAAAACCUAGAAUCUCAUGGCGCUUUGAGGGGAGUAGUUCAAAACUUAAUCAGGAUGCGUAUGAGAUUGAACUCACAAAAAUCGACACAACGUCGCGACAGCCCCAGGAGACAAAGGCCUACAAAGUCGAGUCAUCGCAGGCAUAUCUUGUACCGUGGCCCAGAGAGGAGCCACUCAGUUCUCGUCAGCGCUACACGGUUCGAGUAAGAGCAUACCUUGCCAACGAGUCUGAGCCAACGUCCUGGAGCGAAGCUGAAUUUGUCGAAGCUGGCCUUUUAAAUAGGCAAGAUUGGUCAGGUACUCAGCUCAUCUCCGCACCGUGGUCAGACGAACAGGACAAACCCUUGCCCGAAGACUUAUUUCGCAAGGAAUUCAGCAUCAAUGGCGGUAUCCAAUCUGCAAGACUGUAUAUCACAUCUCAUGGAGUCUACGAAGCUGAGAUUAACGGGGAGAGAGUCGGUGAUCACUUUCUUGCUCCUGGAUGGACAGUAUAUGAGCAUCGUCUGAGAUAUCAGACGUUUGAUGUCACGGAACUUCUUUCCGAAGGCGAGAAUUGCAUUGGAGCUCGCGUUUCUGAAGGGUGGUUCAAAGGGCGUUUGGGAUUUGAGGGCGGAAAGCGAAAUAUUCAUGGGACGCGGACAGCGCUGCUGGCUCGGCUUGAGAUUACGGCAAAAGAUGGGACUAUCUUGACGAUAUCUACAGAUGAGACAUGGACUACAACGCAAGGGCCGAUCCGAAUGGCUGAAAUCUAUGACGGCGAGAAGUACGAUGCCACUGCUCAAAUAGAAGGCUGGUCAAAGGCAGGGUCUGUGUCAGGAGAUUGGCAGAAAGUCCAUGUUCUACCACCUUUGUCUGAAGAAACAGAACUCAUAGCUGGAUCAGCGGAGCCGACUCGAAGGAUUGAGGUCAUCAAGCCAAUCUCUAAGAUUGACACGCCUUCGGGGAAGUUGGUGCUCGACUUUGGGCAGAACCUAGUUGGCUAUCUGCGCAUCCGUGUGAACGGCUCGAGAGGCCACAAGGUCACACUCUAUCACGCCGAGGUCCUUGAACACGGCGAACUUGGAACCAGGCCAUUGCGGCAUUGUGAAGCUAGAGAUACAUAUACUCUUCGUGGCGAAGGUGAAGAAGUCUAUGAACCUAGGUUCACAUUCCAUGGCUUCAGAUACGCCCAAAUCGACAAUUGGCCUGGGUCUCAAGACGAUAUCUUGGAGAAAGUUGAAGCCGUUGUUUGUCACACGGAUAUGGAAGAAACCGGUGAAUUCUCUUGCUCAGAUGGCAUGCUCAAUAAACUAUGGAGCAAUGUUCGGUGGUCAACCAAGGGCAACUUCCUCUCUAUACCUACAGAUUGCCCUCAAAGAGACGAACGUCUCGGCUGGACGGGCGACCUCGCCCUCUUUGCUCCGACAGCGACAUUCCUCUAUGGAUGUCACGGCAUCUUGAACGAUUGGCUCAAGGGCCUCUACUACGAACAGAAGAAGCGCAAUGGCAUUCCACCAAUGGUAUCCCCUAAUACCAUCGUGGACGGCCUCUUUGCGCAAGUUCACCCCUUUGCAAUUUGGCAUGAUGUCACUGUACUAGCCCCUUGGGCGUUGUGGGAGGAACAUGGAGACUCCGAGAUUUUGGCUCAGCAGUUUGACUCGAUGGUGGCAUGGCUGAAUGCUGUGCCGAUGGGCAAGGACGCUGAUAAAGACCACCUAUGGGACCCAAGCGUGUUCCAGCUCGCAGACUGGCUUGACCCUAGUGCUCCUCCAGAUGCUCCUCAAAAGUCAGCGACUGACAUGAUGCUCGUCGCCAACGCAUUUCUGAUACACUCUUACGAUAUAAUGGUUCAAAUCGCAGAGAUCCUCGGUAAUGAGGACACGUCUGUCUACAAAGCAAAAGCAGCCACUGCCCGAGAGCAAUACGCUAAGCAGUACAUCUCAGAGACUGGUCGCUUGACCUCAGAUUCGCAGACAGCUUACGCUUUAGCCAUUUGCUUCAACCUAUUCGCCGAACCUUCUCAGCUGAAGUGGGCAGGCGACCGUCUCGCUGAGAUUGUACGCGCCAAUGAGUACCGCGUCGGUACCGGUUUCGCAGGAACCCCAUUCGUGUGUGAAGCUUUAGCCCAGGCAAGCCACAUGGACGUUGCAUACGGUAUGCUUCUGAAUAAGAAAUGUCCUUCUUGGCUUUACCCAGUGACAAUGGGCGCGACAACGAUUUGGGAGCGCUGGGAUAGUAUGAUGCCCGAUGGAUCGAUCAAUCCAGGAGACAUGACCAGUUUCAAUCACUACGCCUAUGGCGCUGUGGCUAAAUUCAUGGUCGAGCGCGUUGCAGGUCUGAAGCAAUUGACUCCCGCGUGGACGCGAUGUCGCGUAGAUCCUUGCGUUGGUGGCGGUAUCACAUCUGCGAGGGCGUCGCAUUUGACACCGCAUGGGAAGGUCUCAGUCUCUUGGAAAGCGAUCGACGGAGGAGAAGUAAAAAUUGACGUGACUGUACCACCAUUUACCGAAAUGGAGGUCGUACUUGGGAAUGGUGACUCUGACGUUGAAGUCGUCGGAUAUGGAGAAUGGUCGUUUAAGCGGCACUUGUAA